CCCAAGCACACGCCCUAUGACAACGAAAAAAACGUUGGCUGGAGUGAACAGUUAAAUCACGGAGAAGAUAUGUGUUAAUCUAGCGCAGACUGAAGAGGAGGAUCUGUGAGAAACAAGGAGCGCAGUUGCCAAUAGUUUUUUCUUGCCUUUUGUUGUUCUGUCCAAACGAUAUGGAGUCAGCCAUUAAGACUGUGGUCACCACGUUUCUAAGUUCUACCAAGGGGAAGGAAAACAUAGAGGGUGGUGGCUUCCAGAAGCUGGUGAAGAAACAUCUUGGUGGCCUCAUGGCGGAUACCAACUGCUCAUCUGCCGUUAAGGAGAUGCAGCAAGGACUGGAUGAGAACCAUGAUGGAAAGGUCAGCUUCCAGGAAUACCUCACUCUGAUUGGCUACCUGGCCAACUCCCUCAGUCAGAGCAAGACUGGAGCCACUGCAGAUGCAUCAUAGAUGCAUGCUAAAUUGCAGUGUUUAUGGGAGCAGCAUUUUUUUCUUCCAUUUUUAAGUAUAUUUUUUAGAUUUCUAAAUGCUAAACAUCAGAUAUACGUUUUUUCAAAACAGUCCAUUCUUUGUAUUCAGUUAAACAACCAGUUGUGUAACACUCUUAAUGUCCAGAUCAGCCUUUUUUCAGUCACAUCAUAUUGAUCUCCACAGACACAUUGAAGGACUUUAAGAAGGGAGUGUCGUUUUUAUACCAAUUAUAUACAAGAUACUCACUAUGUUUUCAGAAUAAAAGCUUUAUACAAUGAAA